AUGGAGAGUUUUGUCCUAGGCAUCACUACAAACCACAUCAUCGGGGCACUUGGUAUCUUCAUACUUACCCUACUCGUGGCCAAAUGGGACCAAGGCGUCUUAUCCGACUCGCUACCUCAAGUAGGAUACGGUAAGGGCUUUCUAGCAACGAUACAGAAUUUUCUGUUGGCCUACGCUCGACACAAGGUUUGGGUAGAAGAGGGAUACGAGAAGUACACAAAAAACAAUCGGCCAUUCAUUGUGCCCUGGGGCUUUGGUCGACGUUCUGCGGUGGUCCUGCCCCAAUCCCAGAUCCGAUGGUUGCUGGAACAAUCGGACGAGGUGAUCAGCGCAGACGAAGCCAACAAUGACUCGCUUUACGCAAGAUAUAAUUUUCUGGGCAAUGCGCAUCCCCAGGAUCCGUUUAACAAUCGCGCAAUCGGCAGGAACCUGAUCCGGGCCCUCGGUGAACUCACUCCUGGCAUGCAGGAAGAGGUUCAAGAUUCCAUUGACCGAGAGUUCGGGCUGGAUACGCAAAAAUGGAAAAGUCUCAAUAUCUGGGACAUGUGGCUGGGUCUCAUUCCGCAGAUUACGAACCGGAUGGUCCUGGGAAAAGACCUGGGGCGGAACUCGAAGCUGUUGAGCAGCAUGGUUGGAUUCACCGAAAGCGUCUUGCGGAAUGUCUUCCUAUUAGACUUUUUACCCCGAAGCCUCCAUCCUCUGCUCGGCCCGUUAUUGGCGAUUCCCAACUGGUUUCACCAUCGCCGGGCUAUCAGAAUGACCCUUCCUGUGAUCCAAAAACGGCUCAUGGAUAUGGAGAGAAAAGCCAACGGUGAUCCAGCCUACAAUAGCUGGACCGAGCCGGAAGAUUUCAUCACCUGGUGCAUUCGACAGGCUCGGCUCGAAGGCGAUCUAACCGAGUUGAAAGCGUCUAAAAUCGCUCAGCGGACGCUGCUGGUGGAGGUUGCCUCGAUUCACACGACAGCUAUGACGGCGCAGAAUGCCAUGAUCGAUAUCCUCGCCGCUGGUCCCUCCGUGCUUGAGGCCCUUCGUGAGGAGGCCGAUCGUGUAUUCCGAGAGGAGAACUAUCAGUGGAGCAAGGCGGGUCUCGCCAAACUAUACCGAAUUGAUAGUGCCAUUCGGGAGAGCCAAAGGCGCAGCAAUUUCGCCGUCACUCUCUUGGAUCAUAAGGUCAUUGCUCGCGAGGGCAUCACCCACAAGGACGAAGGAUGGCAUAUACCCUACGGAAGUACCUUGACGCUGAACUUGAAUGGUAUUUACCAUGACCCCGACUUGUAUGAAAACCCAGAGUCUUACGAUGCAUUCCGAUAUUCCCGACCUAUCGAAGAAUACGCGGCCCAGAGCGAUGGAAGCAAGGAUCCUGCUGAAGGAGAGAAAUACCGGAAGAUGGGAAUGGUCACAACCAGUGAAACCCAUCUCAUCUUCGGUCAUGGCAGACACGCCUGUCCCGGCCGUUUCUUUGUAGCGCAUGAACUAAAGCUGGCGAUUGCGUACAUGGUCCUGAACUACGAUCUCAAGAACAUCGCAGAGCGGCCCGCCCCGACAGUUAUGGGUAACUUCAUCCUUCCUUCGUUCAGGAUCCAAAUGCAAAUUCGCCGGCGGGACAACAAUGUCCGGGCGCCGUCGGCCGAUAACAAGAAAAUACACCUUACCGGCGCGCAAGAAACCAUGCUGGGCACGCUCUUAGGCCGAUUCAAGGAUGCGCAGCAUCCACAACCCAUUCUCAACGACCUGUGGGCGGGGCGAAUCCUGGAUCAGAUCGACUACGACUUUGCCAAACUCAAGAUGGACCGCAUGCAGUUCAGCGCGAUCUGUAUGCGUAGCCGCACGUUCGACCGAUGGACUACAGAAUUUAUCGAACGUCACGAGGACACCGGGGCGACCGUUAUCUGUCUAGCAUGCGGCCUCGACAGCCGCUCCCUCCGUCUCCAGUGGGGACCCAAGGUGCGGUGGAUCGAUCUGGAUCUUCCCGAUGUUGUUGCUCUCCGCCGUAAACUGCUACCGACCCCCGGCGGAGACUAUCGAUUGGUCGAUGCGUCGGUCAUGGAGGACGCAUGGCUUCAGGACAUACCCGCGGAUCGCCCAACAUUGAUCUUGCUAGAGGGGCUGGUGAUGUAUCUCACCGAGGAGGAAGGCAAAGGCCUAUUGCAACGCCUGGUGGAACGGUUUCCCUCGGGACAAUUGAUAUUUGAUGCGGUUGGAUCGAUUAUGAUUGCGGUGCAGCACCGGAGCCAGAUCGCCAAAGCUACGGGGACAUCCAUGUACUGGGGACUCGAUCAGCCACAGGCCCUGGAAGCCUUGGCUCCGCGUCUACGCCUGCGUGAUAUAGCGAGAUUCGGGGAUCAGGAUGGAGCGAAUGAGUUGCCGCUCUUGGUGCGGUGUGUCGCCUGGGCUCUGAGCCAUGUGCCAUACAUCCGAGACGUGGGAUACGUUUUGCGAUAUGAGUUUUGA